CGGCAGCUCGGUCUUGAGGAGACGGGGCUCGGCAGCGGCCGGGUGGGGAGGAGGGAGGCACCGGCUGCGGCACCGAGGCAGGAAGCGGCGGCCGCUGGGGGGGUGGGGGGAGGGGAAGGAGACAGGAAAAAAAAAAAAAAAAAAAGAAAAGAAAAAGAGGCAAAACAAGGCGGCAGCAGCAACGGAGGCUCAGCGCGGAGGACCCGUCGCAGCCAGGCUCGCCGGCUACCGAAGCGCCUCCCGACUCUCCGGAGCCGGUGUCGCGGCAGCCCUCCCCCCCCUCUCCUGUGGCUCUCGCCUGCGGAGCCUCCCCCCUCCUUUCAGCUCCCGGCAGCAGCGUCCCCCACGGCGACCCUCCCGGUGCCCGGCCGGUUUACAUGAGGGGGAAGGAAGCCCGCCUGGAGCCGAGAAGACGCGCAGCAGCUGGGGAAGGACUGCUCCGAGGAGCCGCCGCCGCCGCCGGACCCCGCGCCCCGGUUAGUCCGCCGGGUCCCCCCUCCGCUGCGCCCAGCGGCCGAGCCCCUGCCCCGUAAUCUCCGGGCGAUUUGGGAAGAACCGGUUAAACACCUUCCAUGGGGGAGAGAGGAGCCCGGCCCCCCGCCGCCUGCACCUUCCCCUCCCUGCCGGAGGCUGCUCCUCUCCUGAGGUAAAAAAUAUCCCUCCUGCCUUCCCCGCCACCAGGACUCUUGUGAGGGAGGGGGGACACCGCGGGGGACACCCCACAGCCGGGGCCUGGCGAGCCGAGCCUGCCAGCGCCGCCCCUGCCCCGCUGGAUGCCUGGUCCCUGAGGAGGAACAACACACACACGCGUACCCGCCCGGCCUUUCAGCCAGGGGCUCGCUCGUCUGCGGGGAACCCCCGUAUCUCGGUGGAAGGAGGCGAGCCCCGCACCAGAAACCACCCUCCCAGCAGCAGUGAGAGCAAGAAAACCUCCUUCCCCUUCCUCCUGCACAACUCGCUGUCCCCUCCCCUCCCUUUUCCCGAACGGUGAAUGCUCAUUUCUGAGAUGUAAAUCUGCCUCUUCGGACAGCCAGGACUCAUAUGAAGGACACGCAAAUAUUGGAUCAUAAAUAAGAAGCGAGUCUGGCGAGCUCAGAAACCCAGCCCAAAACGAGCAGCAUCAAGAAUCCACCCUUCUCCUGCACAACUCACUCCCCACCCAACACACAUAGAAUACUAAUUUCCUGAGAUAAGAUCUUACCCCUUUAAACAACCACACGCGCGCGCGCACACACACACACAGAGUGCACAUUAUUACUAAAUAUAAUAGGUUAAACCCAGCAGCACGGGAAAAAGCCUCUUCUGCAACUCACUCUUCCUUUUCACCCUUCUGAAUGCUGAGAUCCUGAGGUAAAUUUUUCCCUUACCCACAGCAAAGACUCUUUUUGAACAGGACACAAAUAUAUAUUAGAUUAUAGAGAUGUAUUAAAUUAUUCCAGAUUUAAAUCUAUUUUUUGCUGCCAAGGGGUCGGGGGACCAGACGUCAUUGUAUAUUAUUUUUUUUUCCUUCCCUCUUAACUCAUUUAUGGGCGAGUCAAGGCUGCUGAGGAGGAAAAAAACAGGAUAGUUAGAAUCUCUUUAUCCUUAUUCCCCAGAAGCUUUUUCUCUUAUUGCUGUGCAUUUCCUUUAGAAAAAGGAAGCCUCUUAUUUUGUGAACCAAAGAUUUAUUUUUCCCUUCCUCCUGGCCAAAGGAAGGAAACAGACACAAAUUGACAUAUUUAAAUAGUUGAAGAGAUCUAUCUUUUGCAAAAAACGAACAUCUUUAUCCAAAUCUGAAAUAAAUAGCGUGGAGGGAGAAACUGGAAUAUCUAGCUAAAAACAGGAUACUUACUAAUCUCGCCUCAGAAGAGGACGAGGUAAACACUAAACAUCAACUUGUUCUUACAGGGAGGAUUCAAACCCUAAAUAUAAUAAAUGGGGGAUUACGGGUUUGGAGUGUUAGUGCAAAACAACACUGGAAAUAAGUCAGCUUUUCCAGUCAGAUUUCAUCCACAUCUGCAGCCUCCACACCAUCAUCAAAAUGCAACCCCCAGCCCUGCUGCUUUUAUAAAUAAUAACACAGCUGCCAAUGGCAGUAGUGCUGGGUCAGCUUGGCUCUUUCCUGCUCCAGCUGCCCAUAAUAUUCAGGAUGAGAUUCUGGGGUCAGAAAAAUCUAAAACUCAGCAACAGGAAAAGCAAGAGUCCCUAGAAAAACAGCAGCUUUCCCCUGGUCAAAGUCAGGAAGCAGGCAUGCUCUCUGAACCUGAGAAAGCUAAAACUGAAGAAAAUCAGGGCGAUAAUUCUUCAGAGAACGGCAAUGGAAAGGAGAAAAUAAGAAUAGAAUCGCCGGUAUUAACAGGAUUUGAUUAUCAAGAAGCUUCGGGGCUAGGUACUUCGACACAGCCCUUGACAUCCACUGCAUCUUCUCUGACUGGUUUUAGUAACUGGUCUGCAGCUAUAGCUCCUUCUUCUUCUACAAUAAUCAAUGAAGAUGCAAGUUUUUUUCACCAGGGAGGGGUCCCUACUGCCUCAGCUAAUAAUGGUGCUCUGCUGUUUCAGAAUUUUCCACAUCACGUCAGCCCUGGCUUUGGUGGUAGCUUUUCCCCCCAAAUUGGACCCCUCUCUCAACACCACCCUCAUCACCCCCAUUUUCAGCAUCAUCACAAUCAGCAUCAGCAACAGAGGAGGUCUCCUGCAAGUCCUCAUCCACCUCCAUUCACACAUAGAAAUGCUGCUUUUAAUCAAUUGCCUCAUUUGGCUAAUAAUCUUAACAAGCCACCUUCUCCAUGGAGCAGCUACCAAAGUCCAUCGCCUACACCAUCUUCGUGGAGCCCUGGUGGCGGUGGAUACGGUGGGUGGGGUGGGUCCCAAGGUCGAGACCACCGCAGGGGACUGAACGGAGGGAUAACACCCUUGAACUCCAUCUCACCCUUAAAGAAGAAUUUUGCAAGUAAUCAUAUCCAGUUGCAGAAAUAUGCUCGACCCAGCUCGGCCUUUGCUCCAAAGUCAUGGAUGGAAGACAGUUUGAAUAGAGCUGACAACAUUUUUCCUUUUCAGGAUCGCACAAGGACUUUUGACAUGCAUUCACUGGAGAACUCCCUAAUUGACAUAAUGAGAGCUGAAAAUGAUUCACUGAAAGCAAGGACAUAUGGGAGAAGGCGAGGUCAGUCUUCACUGUUUCCAAUGGAAGACGGGUUCUUGGAUGAUGGACGUGGGGAUCAGACUCUUCACAGUGGUUUAGGAUCACCUCACUGCUUCUCCCAUCAGAAUGGAGAAAGAGUGGAACGGUAUUCACGUAAAGUCUUUGUUGGGGGACUGCCACCAGAUAUUGAUGAAGAUGAGAUCACUGCUAGUUUUCGUCGCUUUGGACCUUUAAUUGUAGACUGGCCACACAAGGCAGAGAGCAAAUCUUAUUUUCCUCCUAAAGGAUAUGCAUUUUUGCUGUUCCAAGAUGAAAGCUCUGUACAGGCCCUGAUUGAUGCAUGUAUUGAAGAAGAUGGAAAGCUCUAUCUUUGUGUUUCCAGCCCCACUAUCAAAGACAAACCGGUUCAGAUCCGGCCUUGGAACCUUAGUGAUAGUGAUUUUGUAAUGGAUGGUUCACAGCCUCUUGACCCACGAAAAACCAUUUUUGUUGGUGGUGUUCCUCGGCCUUUACGAGCAGUGGAACUUGCAAUGAUAAUGGAUCGGCUGUAUGGAGGGGUGUGCUAUGCUGGAAUUGACACAGACCCUGAGCUGAAGUACCCAAAAGGAGCUGGGCGGGUUGCAUUUUCUAAUCAACAGAGUUACAUAGCUGCUAUCAGUGCUCGCUUUGUUCAGCUGCAGCAUGGAGAGAUAGAUAAACGGGUGGAAGUUAAGCCAUAUGUCUUGGAUGAUCAGCUUUGUGAUGAAUGUCAGGGGGCCCGUUGCGGUGGAAAAUUUGCUCCAUUUUUCUGUGCUAAUGUUACCUGUCUGCAGUAUUACUGUGAAUAUUGCUGGGCUGCUAUCCAUUCACGCGCUGGCAGGGAAUUCCACAAGCCCCUGGUGAAGGAGGGAGGAGAUCGCCCAAGACAUAUUUCAUUCCGCUGGAACUAAAUGAUCACUGCAGUGCUCAUAUGCAGGCCUCAAAUUAAGUGCACUCUUCUGUUAUCCUGAUUGUCCCUACCCCACCCUACCCUUUCUCUUAUUCAAGAUAGCAUGCCCUUUUGUAGUAGUCUGUAAUUUAACAAUAGUAUAACGAAAGAAUGACCUAUAAUAUGGGUUUUUUUGUAGAAUCUUGUCAUUGAAAACUGUAUUGGGAGCUCCUUUUCGUAUUGAUAACAUGUUGCAAGUGAGUUGCAUUCUCUUGUCUUUACUACCCAGAGAACACUUAAUUUCAUGCAACAUUUUCUUAAGAGGAGAGAAAAAUAUUAAGAGAAUUGAAACAAUAGAGUAUUUUGGUUUUUUAAUUAAAUUAUUGUUAAUAAAGAGCAUAAGAAUACUUUUAUUAAAAUAACCAUGUAACAAUAACACUAUCAGUCUGUUCUGACACUUUUCCCCCAGGGAAGCCUGUUUUUGCCUCUCUUUUUAUUUUGACUUCGGAUUUUUUCCAGCAACAGAUGAAGCUAGCAUUUACCUACCAACAGGAAAGAGCAUGUUUAAAGCAACAAAAAUGCAUGAGCAAAUUUGAAGCAGCAUUAUAGUAAUGGAUCUUUUUAAAAAAUCUGUUAAGGGUUUUGAGGAUGAAAUUUUAGCUCAGUAUGUAUCUGACCAUGCCUCUGACUACCACCCACAUCCAAAUUACUAAUGAGAUAGGCAGAGCUUACUAUAUUUUCAUCAAACUAAUUGCAUUUUAAGAAUUCCUGAAUGUAAAAGUUGAGUAAAGUUACUACUGAGGGGGGAGUGCACUUUUUUUUUUCCUUAAAAAGAAAAUUGUCUGGUUACAGCCCUAGAAAUCCUACCAAAGCUAGAGUAAUGACAACUAGUUAACUGGCAUUUCCUCUCCUGAAGGAUAAAUAUAUAGAUUUUAUUUUUGAUGGCUAUAUAUAACUCUAUAUCCUAAUAUACUAACAUUCAUCAGGGGCCAGCCUUUGCUCUCCAUUUUGACAUGAAAAAGUAGAAAACCUAAAAAUACCUCAAGGAUAUCACUGAUUUUUAUUGAAGUUUUGAUAUUCCAUUGUGUCACACAAACUAAAAUUGGCUGUUUAUUCGUUUCCCAUCUUGGAUGUAAAGUUAGUUUUAAAUACCCUCUAACUUAGUUGUAACAGAAGGCAUGAACCUACGUUAGUUUCCAAGUCUUGUUUUGCACUGUUUUCUGAAUUUGAGCAUGAAAUGGUGCAAGUGUGCAUAUGCCUUUCUUACUCUUCCUGUAGAAAGAAUCCCAACUAUGAUUCCACCUCUUCAGAACUUAAUAUGAGGAAAUAAACACAGGUAUUUGAAGUGCCAACAUUGCUAAGUUAAUGCCUGCUUUAUUAUUAAGUUCUACCUUGAGAAGCAUUAACGCAGUACAUGUGAAUGGAAUGAUAAAGAGUGGGUGCAGGGGUUUAGUUUGAAAUAGCUGUAUGAAGGAGUAGUUCUGAAAAUUAUUUUUAUUACUUUUGAACUAAUGCCCUGGCCAACUUCUCAAAUGAUUAUUUAGCAGUGUGCAAACAAACAAAUUUAGUGGCAAUCUUCUGAACUGCCCGAGUGGCAUGAUACCAUCCUAGAUUCUCUCAAACCAAAGACUUGCCUCAGCACUGCUUGGAAAACGUCUGCUCCGCUAAAAGCCUUUGUCAGCCCCCCUCAUCCCAUUCCCCCAGCCCAGAUUAUCUUUAUGAGAAGCAGUUUUUAUUUUCAAUACAGGCUUUAAUGAACUAUACCUUACCAAGUUCCAAAGGUCAAAAUGGAGACAUUUGCUGUCUACUAGUCAAGUAUAGAAAGGGAGCUGCUUUUAUAAUGAAAUCCCUGAAAAUAUUGACAACAGUAAUGCAAAUGCAGAGUGCUCUUGUGUAGAUUGUCAGGGACUUUUUUUUCUCUGAAGUACAUAAUUAUAGUUGGAAUGUUCCUUUAAUUUUUUUAAUGCUUGUAGGUGGCUUGGGGUGUGCUAUUGUGCCGAUCCUACCCAGUAAACAGGUGAGAUGGGUUACCAUUACCAGAAAUAACACUGUUUGAGAACUAGCUUUGAAUAAUAAUUUUCCCUUUGUACAUGACCUGCUGAAUUUCGGUACAGUGUUUUUGUAGCUAACUUAUUUUGUCAUGCACAUAAUGUAUAUUUGUUAUGCACUACUUUUGUAUAUCUUGUUUUUCCAACAGUGAGCAUUUUUAGGCACACUUUUCACUGACGGGAUAUCUCUUUAUGCAAUACCUCAAUUUUUCAUAUUGCAAAGAGUAGCUUUUUGUACUUUUAUUACUGAGAGAUCUUCAUAUACUUCAUUUUUUAAUAUAAAUAAUUUUAAUAAAUUUUAUUUUCUUAUAUUCUGCUUUUUAUACAUUUCAGUGCUCUGCAUACAUUUUGAAUUAUGGAUGUUGUGCACUGGCAAUGCUAUUUUAGAAUCUGCAGAGAAAAGAAAGCAUGUUGCUUAAACAUCUUAGCCCAGCACCAGGUAUUUGGUGUUCAUAUAAUUUAAGAAAUAGUAUAUGUAAAGUUGAGAAUUAAAGAAGAAAAGCAUGAAAGUGACAAAUGACACUGUCUUUAGACCCAUGAAAUUUAAAUGCAUAAAUAUAGUGUAGAAAUUUAAAAGUAAAGAAACAUCAAAAUUGUCUACCGCUUCUUACUAAGUUUUUAAAAAUUACACACAAAUGCAGACGUUUUUGGUGAAUGUUUAGCCAUUUUUAUUAUUAAUAAAAAAAUUGAUGUUAGGUGUUUGAUGCAGAAAUGUGUCUGCUCUUUUAAAUUAUAUUUAAAGAAUAAAAGAGAGCCUGCUAGGUGGCAGGCAUGUAAUGUUAGUAUGCAUGACUAAUGUAAGAAAUUGUUAUUCUACUAAUAUUCACUUGUGAUUGUGUGACAAGCGUGUUUACAGAUUAUUUGGUUACACUUCGAUUUACAGGGCAUAAACAAUUAUAUACAUUACUCUGUACUUAAAUAGUGAUUACAUGUCCUUCUGAUUACAUGGGAUUUGUAGUUGGGGUUACCAUGUAGCUCCAAACAUAAUUAACAUGUAAUUAGAUUACCAGUCUUAGGGUAUCACUUCAAUUUGCAAAGGGGUUAAUAAGCAUGUAGUUUUAUCACACUAGCAUGGCACUGGCCAUGUAUUUACAAUGUAGUUACAGAGUAAUUACAUGGUUAUUUUUGCAAUGUAAAAUAAAGUGUUUCUGAUUAUUUUAUAUGUAAAGGAACCCCACUGCCCUGUGCUUUUUGGUAUAGUAUAUACUUCUCCAUACACAGACCUCUGCAGAAUGCAAAUUUAAAACUUGCAGUGAAUGAAUUUAGCGUUUUAUAAGGAUGCUGUUGGAAAGACUUGAUAAUUCACCCCUUUUGUUUUUGAAGAGUUAAAACCUUCUGUUAAAAGGUGAUUUAAAACUUGAAUGUGAUGAAUUGUGGCAAGUUAACUUCAAGUUAUGUGCAAUACCUAUUUCAGACUUCUGGAAGAUCUUUGCAGUGUAAUUCUUUGUUUUUAAUUGCAGACAUUUAAAAAUGUCAUUUUCUACUGUUCUAGUAAAUCCUCUUUCUUGCUGGUGUUUCUAAAGAAAAGAAUCAGAAAUCAAUCUUUCUACUAAUGUAAAUUUGAGAUUAUUUUUAAAAAAAUGGAAUAAAAGGUUUUGGUCAUUUGCUUUAUUUUAUUAUCUUAUUUUAAAGCUACUGUGAUAGCAUUGUAAGAAUUGGGACAAUAUUGUAUUCAACUGUUUUAUUUUUUAUAUUUUUAAAUUUUAAAGUAUAAUUAGUUUUUAUAAUUUUCAUCAGAUUUUUUUGUUAUAUUUUUUGGAAGUGAAACUUUUAGCAAGUGGGUGUCUAGUUUUUACUAAUCCCUAAUAUGUUUUUCCCCCAAUGUAUUGCUCAUAUUAUCAGAAGGAAAAGUUAUUUAAGUAUGUCAGUUAAUUGUACUACUUGGCUGAAUUUCCAUAUAGUUUUUACUGUGUAUGGGGAGGUUGUAGUAUUUAUUAUAGCAUUUUAAAUAAGGGUAAUUCAUUUUUUAUUAAAGUCAUUUUCACGUUUAAGUUCAUAUUUUUGUAUGUUCUACUCUAAGUUAUAUAACACAAGUUACUUUUUUUAAAGAGUUCAUUUGUUGAAGUGCUAGUGAAAAUUAAUGUUAUUAAAUAGUUUGCAAAUGACUAUUUAUACCAGUAUGCAUAUAAUUUUUAAAUAUUUGUAAUGUGAGAUGUUGAAUGAAUAAAACUUUUAACUCAA